ACUUCAAGCCUCUAGCUUGAAGCCGUAUGUCCCACUAGGUACGUGAAGGAAUAAAAAACUUAUCGGGAUAGAUUUUUCAUGCACCUAACUAGGAGACACACCUUUCAUGAGAGAGCUGAUGAUACUGACAAGUUUUCCAUACAGAACUAGGCGAAUUGGCACUCGGACCUGUGACUCCUCAGCUGGAAACCAAGUGCUCAAGCCAAUUAGCCACAUCUCCACGCAGGAAAAAUGUAUCGUAAGUGAAAAAGUAGUACAUAUGUGAGAAUUCAAGUAACAGAUAAUAUGGUUGUUAUGUUUUGUUGUAUUGUUAAACAUGGGGAGAGAAUAAUGUUUCUCCAUGGAAAUUUCUUAAACCAAGUGACAAUUUUUUCACAUUCUGAGCUUCCCUUAAAUUUCGGAGGCUGUCCAGUAUAUAUUCAAUAAAUACAUGUUAGGCUGCCGCAGAAUGUAUAUGUAGCCUCUGGUGGCUUUACGAGUGUUAUAAAUCCAUUACACUAUUACACAGCUCUCAACCAAAUAUGCAUGCAUAGAACUGAGACUAUAGUCCAAGAAUAGCAUUCCUGACUGGUUAUCUUAAUUUUGAAUGUAGUUUAAUAUCAUUUAUCUUCUCUGAUACCUCCAAAGCCUCAGGAUGGUCGGGGGUGGGUGUCUUGCGCUGCGGGUUGGCCACCCCUCCGUACACCUCUUGAAAUACUCCCAUAUGACCGGGCGUCUUACAUAGCCUCUCCUGAGGAAGUCCUACUCACUGCCUUCACGUGGCGGAGGUGUUUUUCACCAAAGUGAGAGGGCAAAAGCGGAUGCCCGGCGCUCUUCACCGGGUUGACUGUCCAUUGGAUGACAGUCUAGGGGAGAUGUCUAAACCCUGAUUCCAAACCUCCAACGACUGGCGUAUGAAGCUCACCGGCAGACGUAUGGACAAAGGGCUUAUUGGAUGCCCUGGAUGACUGGCCCCAUUCAAAAAGGCGAAUGAACCGGACUCCGGUCACCGGCUCCCAAUGGAUAGUGGACUCCCUACUCCACUCCUACUGCCUUGUAGGUCACACUUGGUUGUGUAAAGGCUAGAGCUGCACUCUCAAACAAAAGGCCGAGCGAUGCUGGGGACAUCACUCGUACCCAAUUCCCAUGAAACUUCAUGGUUCAUGAAGCCGGCUCAUCCUCCCGUAGGAGAUAGCCGAAGUAAAGUAAAGUAAGUAUACCUUAUACUGGUGUGAAUAAUCUGUUAAACAAGUGGUGGGCCAAAUAGAAGAAUGUCGUAGUGGUUUUAAGUUUUUGGGAGCUCAUUCUUUUACAACAGUGACGCUUUAACUCCAGACUGUUUUUUCAGGCGAUACAGUUGUCUGAAUUCAAUGAUGCUCAAUCAAAUUUGGUUCGCUCGGUGAAUAGCCUAACAGAACUGUGCACAAAAAUGCAUCACUUCAAAGUAUCACAUUUCGAAGAAGCAACGAAAUAAACAUUGAAUAGAGAUGUAUGAGAGAGAGAGAAUUAAAUGAUAUCGUUUACAUCUACUCCAUUGCAAGCCACUUUUAGUCAUAUCACGGUAUCACGGGCUACUGAUUCUUAACAUGUUGAAGAACGUAACCAGGUUAUCUGCACUUUGCUAUGUGACUGACACCAGCAGUCAUGGAUUGGUUACAUGUUUUGCUCUGAUCACAUUUAACUCUUCCAGCUCAAACUUUCUUCAGGUGAGAUCGCUCAUCAACGAAAGUGGGGGCUUGGAAUAUGUAGUGCAUGUUCCAGAUAUAUCGAUCGGUGAAACUGCAUACUAUCCUUAUCCAACACUUAGUGUAUAACUAGCAUUACCGACUGUAUUGUACUACCUAACACAAGCGGUUGAAUGCAGACAUAUAUAGUCAAAAACUGUCAACCUCUUCAUACCCCACAACUUUAGCGGUCGUGUCUCAGCUUAGUUAUUUGUUAAGUAUAGACCUUAUGUUUUCAUCAAAAUAACUACACUUGAAUUUUAUGUGUAUACAUACAUUCAAAGCUCAAAAUGCAAGAGAUUAGGUUAGUGAUAUAUGCUGUUCAUUUUAAAGAUGUUCAGACGUUGAAAGCUCUUGUUCUUUUCAAGAGACUUCAAGAUGUGUUUCUUUGCUAACUUAGGUCAUCUCUGGCGUAGGCAUGGUAUCCGGUUAUCGACCAAAGGAUGUGUUUACUGUAAAGCAGUUGUCUCUGUGAUUUAUGGCUGUGAGACAUGGCCAUUGAGAAUGAUGACCUGUGAAGGCAGAUGCCUACAUUCUGUCUCCCGUGUUAAGUGAUAUAUAGCAAUAUUAAAGUUAGACAUAGUGUUAGGCAAGGAGGGCAACUCAAUAAGACUGUGAAGCUAUAUCAGUCGAGAUAGCUAAGACACUUGUUAUGCAUGACAAGUCAACACCUUCCUCAUCCAGCAGUGUUAGUGACAUACGGUUAGGUUGGAAAAGAUUUAGGAGUGGCCAAACCAAGAUAUAGAGUCAAUCUAUGAAGUCUCUGGCUAUUCGUUUGAGCCGCAUAAUGUGUGGACUGCUUGUGUGGGAUCUCCGAGAUGAUAACAACUAAUGACUUGAGACUUUCGGUGAUGUGGCAGUCGGUUGGGGAUUAAGCGGAGACUAUGCAUAGAUAACAACGGGUAACUCCAUUCUUUCUUCUUCUAACGGAUCUGUUCAGACGGACUGCACACAUACGACUAUAUACUGGGAUCUAGUCAAAGGAUGAUAUUUCUACCCUAACACUCGAUGCUAUUCCUACACUUGCGAGUCCUCGCAAACUAGCUGAGGAGUCUCCUGAUACCCUUAAGGUGAAUUUCGCAGAUUUACUUUGUUGGCCGGGUUGGGUUAAGUAAAUAACUACACUCUAGUCUUGUAUGCUUGUCUCUGAGACACAACAUACAUCCGUGGCUCAAGAUGCUGGAGUUCUAGCUAGUAAUGCUUGUUGUCCGAUAUGGAAGAGGGGCCUGACGUUAAAUACUCCAAUAUAAAGUUGGUGGCGUGGCUUUAAGAGGCUGUCGUGGGUAUUUUUCUGGCUCAUCGUUAUUUGUGGUCACAGAAUGAAAUAAAGAUGACUAGUCAGCCUGCACAAUAGUACUGAUAGUAGUAGGAAAGCAAGAUGAUUAGGGUGACAGGUAUAGAAGAAGGAGGAUGAUCAUGAGGGCUCCAUGUGCUUUUGAAAGUGUGUACAUGGUUGUUACUUCCCGUCUGCCCACACCGUAGAAGUUGAUUUAUUCUUGGGGUACCUGAAAGAGAAAGAGAAUCAGUGUUUCGUGACCACGAAGCCCUGGUGACAACCGCUUGAGGUCGUUUACACACGGCCUGUCUAAACUGGCUUUUAGGUUUGGUUCCGUAUUAGUAACUACGUUGAAACCAGUCAGUAGUCACCACCUUAUACGGACCACCGUAGGGUAAGUCGGGAUGUAUAAUUCUUGGAGUCUACUUUUUCUAACCCCUCUCUCCAGAGUGGAGACACCGCAUAGCUGGCUUACUAGUCAUCUGAGGGAAAUACCCUGUUCCCAUGCAGUACGACUUUGCUCACAGACCGUCAGCAUAUUGUAAAAGAUCUUACACUAUGCCGGUAACUGUUUUUAGUCUAAUUGCUAUCCUAACAAUCUUUCUGGCAUGUUAGAACAUGCAGGAACAUUAGUUCCAUCCGGUGUAGCUUGUUGGGUCAUUGCAAUCUGCAAGCCCGACCACCACUUCAAAGUAGCAGCUGUCGGUCGAAACAACUCUGAGUACCUUUAGCAGUGUAAAAAAAUCUUUCUUAAAUAGCCCAGGAAAGACUAAGGGAAAUGAGUAGAGAAGGACAAAUAGAAUACAAAAAUUAAAAAAAACUGUGAAGUUAGUAACUGAGUGGCGUCAAACUGUCUUAACUUCCUUACAUAGAAAGUUAAACGAAAUCUCUUUCUAGAAAAUAACAUGAUGUGGGAAGACAAGGAAAGAUCAGAGAAUACACACUAUGAUAUGUUUAACAUUCGAUUUAGUUCCAACUUCAGUGCCAUCUAUGAUAGUGGAACCAUGUGAACUAAAUAGUUCCCUCUUUUCUGGACUUACUACCGAGUAGACAAGGUUUAAGAGUGAGUUUGCUGGGAAUUAAACCUGAACAUUCUGUGUGAGUGGCGGACAUUCUACCAUUGAACAACCGAUGGAUCAAUCUGACUAAAGUAUCUAAGGUCAGGAUCAUGUAAAAACAAAGUUGAGCACAGGUAAUAUAAGCUUUAGAAAACUAAGCAAGUUUCAGGCCCAGGAGAGGGUGCUUUGAUUAAGUACCAACACUUUGAUAGGUUCCGGAAAAUGCAUUACUAAUAUUCACUACUUUUCAUAGUGACUUUUAAUCCUCUACCGAGAAAUGUUAUAGCAAUUUCCCACGUUGAAGUGCGUAAGUUUGUUAGUUUGGUUUGAUACCCUAACUUCAUUAUGUACAAAACUUCUCCGAUAUAUCUAAGAAAUCCCAUGGUACAAAAGUUAAUAUAUUUUUGCUAUACGGUGGCCACAUCUGACUUCACUAGCGCCUUUCAUCUUCGUACGAUUUCCUGUUUUUGUCUUUUCUGACAGUGUUUCGAUUUUUUAUUUUGUCCAUAUCACUUAGUCUGCUUAAGACAUGUUCAUCAUUGUUACACAGAUUAUAUUGAAUCUGUAAAUACUUUUUUUACCCAGAUAGACAGUUACUUUUAAUCAUUUGAAACAGGUUGCUGCUGUCAAAUGUUGAUAGAAAUCAGGUUUAGGUGUAGGGUGAUAAGCAAAAAAGCUAACUCAUUAUUAUAUGUCAAGGGAUGGGUCAAUACCUCGGAGUCAUUGUGUUUAUUUUAGUACUGUUGCCUUCGUUACUAACGUUACCACUGAUCUAAUGUGAAAUUAGACUGUAUCAAAGUGUCCCACUCUAACAGAAACGACUUAAUGUUUCAAUGCCUGCAUCUUCUUCCGGUUUUAAGACUAAUUUACAACUCUAUGGUUUUAACUUUAAAAAAAAAUAAACUUAGGAAUUGAGGAAUGUUUGUACAGGUCAACCCAAAAGGGUUUUAUUUUCUCUUUACGUUUAUUAUCAACUGGUAUAUAAUUGGAAGCAGACUCACCGCCUUUUCAAAGUCUUACUCCAUUAUUUCUUGAUUUAUCUUCUUAAUAACAACUACUCAUCCGAAGUACUGUUGGUUCCUCGUCAACUAGUCAUAAUUUAAAGUUCCGUUAUACGCCUUACCAUCUUCUGCCUAAUGGCGUCUAAUGUAUUUUAAUUACAUGAUGAUUGGCAAUCUCGAGGAAAAAUUACAAGUGUUAUAAAGAUUAAAGACUGUUCGCAAUAGUUCAUUUAAUCUCUGAAUCGUCUUACAGAAUGAAUUUCUAGUGACAAUGACUUCAGAAAAUUUUAGUCGGUUACUUUCUCAACAGGCUUCUGACAUUGAAGCUACUGAACGAGAAAUUACCAAGUUGGAAAAAUUUAAGUCAGAUUAUGAAUCUGUAAGCAACAAAAUUCAAGAGUUGCAGAAAUCAGUUUAUAAAGAAGCAUAUAUCCCAUUCAGUCGUAGAGCAUUAGUUCGAGGUCGUCUAAUCCAUACAAAUGAAUUGUUGGUUUAUCUUGGUGGAACAGAUGAUUAUUUUGCUGAACUGUCUGUUUACGAAACAGUUCAACUUCUCAAUCGUCGUAUAAAACAAUUAGAAGUGAAAUUAGAUGGAUUAAAUAAACAAAAAACGCUGUUAACUGAUAGAAUUGCUUAUACAAAAGAUUUAGUUUCACAAAAAUCAGUUUCUGUAUCGAAGAAUUCUAGCACUCCGUCAACAGCUGAUCCUAUUUCAGAAUCAUUGGAAAAUGAAAAAGAAAUCGAAAUCAGAGAAGAGUACGAUUCAGAUGCUGAGAUUGAAUGGAAAAAGAAACAUUCUCUCAGUCGAAAACAGGAACGCCUUAAAAAUGCAUCACAGUCCUCUCCGGUGCUUACUACUCGUAAAGUUUCUUUCGAUCUAUCGGAUCAAGUUUUUGAAGAUAAAACUUCCGAUUCAGAAAAAUCACCUACUUCUGAGUCUGAAUUUGAAGAUAAUAACCUAUCGACUAUAUAUUUUAAACAUUCAGGUAUACCUUCAUUAGUCCCGAGAAGGAAAGUUGUCGACCUUUCUACUCUAACUGUUGCAGAAGCUGUGAAUCUCGCCGAUGGGCUGUGUAAAAUACAAAGUGGUAGUAAAAUAUUUUCAGUAGAACCAUUCCGUGAUAUAUGUGAACGAGCACCAACUGCGCUAACAGAGCCAAAUACUUCUUCGUCUACUGUAAACACUGAGAAAAAACGAUGUUCCCAGUUCCGUUCAUCUCGUAUUAGAGAUUCUAAACUUCCAUGAGUUUUCAGGAUUCUUCAAUGUUAUGGAUAGUGCAUUGUAAAAAUCCACAAGAUUCUUAUUUUUGUAUUGCAUCAUGAUUUAUUUACAGCACCGAAAAAAAAAGAAACGUAUGAUCUUUUUCAAUAAUAAAUGCAUUUUAGUGAUGUU